AUGCCCUUCUCCCCCGAGAAAGAUAUACCGGACCUUUCCGGCAAGGUCAUCAUCGUCACCGGCGGCAGCAGCGGCCUCGGCAAGGAAAGCGCGCUGCAGCUCGCGAAGCACAACCCCGCGGCCAUCUACCUCACCGCCAGGACCGAAGCGCGGGGCGCCGCCGCCAUCCGGGAGAUCCAGGCCGCCGUGCCCUCCGCCAAGGACACGAUCAAGUUCCUCGAGCUGGACCUGGGGUCCUUCGCGUCCGUCCAGAAGGCCGCCGCCACCUUCCUGGCCUCGUCCGACCGCCUCGACAUCCUCAUGAACAACGCGGGACUGUUGGCCUCGGCGGCGGGCCUCACGCCUGACGGCUACGAGACCCAGUUCGGCUCCAACUACAUGGGGCCCUCCCUCUUCACCAAGCUGCUGCUCCCGGUCCUCACCAGGACGGCCGAGCGGCCCGGCGCCGACGUCCGCGUCGUUAACCUCAGCUCCGAGCUUUUCAAACAGGCGCCGAAAGGGGGGAUUCUCCUCGACCAAGUUAAGACGCCAAUGGGCAAUGUCUCCAGCGUGGCGCGCUACGGCCAGUCCAAGCUCGCGGAUUACUACCACACCCGUGUCCUGAGCCGGCUCUACCCGGCAAUCAAGUUCGUCGGGAUCCACCCCGGCGUCGUCAACACCGGCAUUUUUGACGAUCUCAUUGCGAGACAGCCGUGGCUCAGUGGCGUGGCCGGCGUGAUCGGGUCCGUCUUCUUGACCGACGUGCGCGCGGGGGUGAGGACGCAGCUAUGGGCGAGCACGGCGGAUAGGGCGACUGUCAAGAGCGGGGGUUUCUAUAAUCAAAAAAUUAAAGAGUUUAAGGAAGCGAUUCUUUACGAUGACAAGGCGGCGCAGGAAUUAUGGGACUGGACAGAGCGGGAGUUCGAGAGCAAAGGGGUUUGA